AUGAGUGCGCUCAAACGCAAGCGCGAUCCCUCCGGCACCGCAUCGCCGGUCAUCCACCCGGACGGCCAGAGCAGCACCAUGCGCGCGUCGCUCGAAACAUCCCUCUCCGAGCUGCGCGCUACGACGGCUCGAUUGGAAUCGCUCCUUUCCACCCUGCCUUCCACAUCCCAACCUCGAGUUGCGCUAGGGGAGGUUCUCGCCCCCGCUCAACCCCUCGUACCCUCCCCGCGCGCAUCAGCUGAAACAGCAGGAUCGACGAAAUCUUGCGCGUCAUGCAGCCAGCUUCAAUCGCAGCUCGACACGCUGCGUGCCCAAGCGAAGGAUCACGAGCGCGAAAGGGAGGCUUGGCGAGCUUUCAAGAGCUGGUGGCUUGCGUCGCUUGAGAGACGCGAACGGAGGCGCUCCCAGAAACGCGCGCGACCUUCAUCGAGCUCCACUGGCGAAUUGCGGGCCAAGGAGGGUGCCCCUGGAUCGAAGCGCACACGAGGGCAGGACGGGAAGAGGAACGAGGAAGAGCGAGGGGGCGAGGGGGAAGGGGAGAGGCUGAGAACGGUGCUAGGUACUUUGGAUACAGAGACGCGGCGAGUGUGGUGUGAAGCAGGGAUCAUAGAUUCCAUCGAAGGGGCGUCCAGGGAGCUGGAAGAGAGCGAGGUGGCGUUGCCCCUGCAUGCCAUGCCGAGUGUCGCUGCUGUAGGAAAGACGGGAGGAACGUCAAAUGAGGACGUGGACGGCACAAGGUCGAAUAUCAUGGCUGGUGAGGCACGAGAAGGGGAGGCUAGGAGGGAUGCCAGUGUCGUCGAUGCUACGGCGUCCGCAGAUGCCAUUCGAGCCAGUCGCAUCGACGCUGCCAAUCGCUCCAACGGCACGGCCAGUCCUCGAAAGGGCCAUAUCGCCACCCUUCCCUCAACCAGCACUACUGCUCGCACACCCAUCACACGCCCGAAUGGCACCUGCUCCUCCCACAGCGCUUCCUCGAGCACCGCCAGUCGCCCAACUCCCACAACUACUCGCACACCGAGCACCAACAGUCGCACACGUCCAAACGCACCUCCCCUCGCAGCGCACAUCGACGACCAUCCCAUCCGUAACCCGCACCAUCGUCGCACCCUCCUCUCGUCCGACUGUCCCGACUGCAGUCUCUUCUAUAGCCAUCUCAAUGCUGCCACUUCCACGGGGCAGGGGGAUGCCGAGAGAGCAGCGUGCAGUCGGCAUCGAUCGACGUUUGCCCGUGCAGAGACGCCAGAGGGGUAUUGGAACAUUGGUUUCCCUGAUACGCAGGAGGCGGAGCGGGUGAAUGAGGUUGCGAGGAGGGGGAGGGGCGGCGGAGGGGGCUCGGGGACAGCGGGAGGGAGAGAUGGGUGA